CUGGUGCACCAGCGGCAGCCCACCUGGUCCCAUGAGGAGGUGAGCAAGCAGGCGGUGUUCGAGUUCGAGUCGGCUGCCCAGCAGUUCAUGGUGAGCACCCUGCGUGUGGCCAAGAGCUUCCGCCCCAAGCAGCUUUGGGGGUACUACCUCUUCCCCGACUGCUACAACCAUGACUACAGCAAGAACAAGGAGAGCUACACCGGGCAGUGCCCGGACGUGGAGAAGACACGCAAUGACCAGCUGGCAUGGCUCUGGAGGGAGAGCACGGCCCUCUACCCCUCCAUCUACCUCGACCUGCUCCUGGCAUCCACCCCCAAUAGCCGCAAGUUCGUGCGGGCGCGGGUGAUGGAGGCCAUGCGCAUCUCCCAGCAGCACCACGACGGCUAUUCCCUGCCCGUCUUUGUCUACACCCGGCCCACCUACAUCCGCAAGCUGGAUGUGCUUAGCCAGCCAGACCUGAUCUCCACCAUCGGAGAGAGUGCGGCGCUGGGUGCAGCUGGGGCCAUUUUCUGGGGCGACACGGACUACACCAAAAAUCGGGACUCAUGCCAGAUCAUCAAGAACUACCUGGAGGGGGACCUGGGCCGCUACAUCGUGAAUGUCACGACGGCGGCACAGCUCUGCAGCACGGCGCUGUGCCAAGGCCGGGGCCGCUGCCUGCGCCAGGACAGCACCGCUGAUGUCUUCCUCCACCUCAACUCCACCAGCUUCCAGCUGCGGCGCCGAGAUGGGGACCACUCC